CCGUGCGAGAGGAGUGGUGUCGCGUUCUCUCGUCCAGUGUUGGUGUGCACGCGGGGGAACUUUUACCCUUCACCGCCCCCGUCUUUCAGUGCGGCCUAAGCGAGUACUGGAUCACCGUGCCCUGUGUUCCCUCUGCCGGGCGUGACAACCCGUAUUUAUCCAAGGCCGUACGUAGUAAUCACCCUGAACUAUUCUGACACGUGGUGGCUGGCGGCUGAAGUGGUAUGUGUAUAGGGCGGCUGUCGCUAUCCCGGUGGUCGUGAGUGAGAGCAAAGUGUGGUGGUGGAGUGGCGAGUGCGUGUGUGCGGCGACAUGGCUCACCCGUCACUGGUGAAGAGCAUCGGGGAGGCGGUGCAGGGACACAGUGGCCCCGUGCAGCUCAAUGACGUGUGUGGCACUGACAGGGUGCUGGGCCUCUACUUCUCGGCCCACUGGUGCGGCCCGUGCAGGGGGUUCACGCCUCAGCUGGUGGCCCUGUACAAGCACCUGAAGGAGAACACCAAGCACCAGUUCGAGGUGAUCCUGGUGAGCAGCGACACCGAUGAGACAGCCUACAACGACUACUUCAGGGACAUGCCGUGGCUCGCCUUGCCCUUCAGCGAGACCAAGAGAAAGGUGAGUACACGAGUAGAUUAAGGGCCACUUUCACAGUUCGCCAUGAUGGGUUAGUAAGCCUCCAAUCCAAUACCAA